UUUUACAUAUCUAAAACAUACUUAGGUGCUUUGGUAACCAUAAAUACUGACCACGUUACAAUAAAUAAAAUUUCAACAAUCUGUUUAGGUACAAUUUAAAAAUAACGUCUAGGAAAUUUUCUAUCCAACACGAGACAUCAUCAUGGUUUUCGCUUUCAUGGCACCCAUUCCUCCCAUUCCCCCCAUUCCUCCCAUGCCCAUCAUGCCUGCGCCCAUGCCUCCCAUGCCGAUCAUGCCUCCUCCCAUUCCGCCUCCCAUGCCUCCCAUGCCCAUCAAGGGCAUCAUCAUGGCCCCGCCGCCCAUCAUGCGCCCGGCGCCGAUCAUGCCCGCUCCCAUUCCAGCGCCUCCCAUCAUGGGCAUCAUCAUCUGGGCGCCGAUUAUGACAGCGUUGAUGGCAAGGACGACGACAGUCUGA